AAGCUAAUUAAAAAAAUCAUGGUCCACUCUUUUGCAUUUAAAAAGAUGUGAGUACUACAUCUUUAGACAUCAAAAUCUACAAACCAUAGCCAUGGGAGCCAAAGGUCCUUCCCUUUUCUUUCUUUUAUCUCUGGCUACCCUUUUGGCUGUUGUCACCGCAGGAACCACUCCAUCACAAAAUGUGCAUCCAAGUCACUAUGCUUCAACAUUCAAUAGGACCCUUUUUCCAAAAGAUUUUCUAUUUGGAAUUGGUUCUUCAGCUUACCAGGUAGAAGGAGCUUCAAAUAUAGAUGGGAGAGGACCAAGUAUAUGGGACACUUUCACUAAAAAACAUCCAGAUAAGAUUUGGGACCAUAGCAGUGGUAAUAUUGGAUCAGAUUUUUAUCAUCGAUACAAGAGUGACAUAAAGGUGGUAAAACAAAUUGGGUUGGACUCGUAUAGAUUCUCUAUCUCAUGGUCAAGAAUAUUCCCAAAGGGCAAAGGUGCAGUCAAUCCCUUGGGAGUUAAGUUCUAUAACAAUCUCAUUGAUGAGAUCCUAGCAAAUGGCUUAAUACCCUUUGUAACUCUGUUUCAUUGGGAUCUUCCACAAAGUCUUGAAGAUGAAUAUAUGGGAUUUCUAAGUCACAAAGUAGUUAAGGAUUUUGAAGACUAUGCCAACUUUUGCUUCAAGACAUUUGGUGAUAGGGUUAAACAUUGGGCAACACUUAAUGAACCUUUUUCAUUCACCAUAAAUGGAUACAUGGGUGGCACAUUUGCACCUGGUAGAUGUUCUAAAUGGGUAGGAAAUUGUGAAGCUGGUGAUUCAAUAAGAGAGACUUACAUUGUUGCUCACAACUUGAUACUUGCUCAUGGUGCUGCAGUUCGAGUCUACAAGAGGAAAUAUCAGGCUCAUCAAAAAGGACAAAUUGGAGUGACCUUAGUGACUCACUUCUUUGAACCAUAUUCCAAUAGUGAUGCUGAUCGCAAAGCUGCAAGUCGAGCUCUUGACUUCUUCUUUGGAUGGUUUGCUCAUCCAAUUACAUAUGGUUACUAUCCCGAAAUUAUGGUAUCAUUAUUAGGUAAUAGACUCCCCAAAUUCACAAAGGAAGAAUCUGAAAUUAUCAAAGGUUCCUAUGAUUUUCUUGGUGUAAAUUAUUACUCCACAUAUUAUGCACAAAGCAACAAACCAGCAUAUGUCAACCAGACCUAUUACACUGAUAUGCAAGCAACUGUCUCUCCAUUGAGGAAUGGUGUAUCUAUUGGUCCUUCGACUGAUUUGAACUGGCUCUAUGUCUAUCCGAAAGGAAUUCAUGGUCUUGUGACCCACAUAAGAGAUGUGUACAAGAAUCCACCGGUGUACAUUACUGAAAAUGGUAUUGCUCAAAAUAGGAAUGACUCAAUUCCAGUCAAUGUAGCUCGCAAAGAUGGCGUAAGGAUUAGAUACCAUGAUGGCCAUCUCAAAUACAUCCUUCAAGGAAUAAAAGAUGGUGCAAAUGUAAAAGGAUACUAUGCUUGGUCAUUUUCUGACAGUUAUGAAUGGGAUGCAGGCUACACAGUAAGAUUUGGAAUCAUAUAUGUGGAUUUCAAGAACAAUUUGAAAAGAUAUCCCAAGUAUUCUGCUUUUUGGCUUCAAAAGUUCCUACUUAAGGGAUAACUCAAAAAUGUGUUGUUCAUUUGGCAUGCCUAAGAUGUUUCUCUUUGUUGUUUUUCCAAUGUCACUUUAGUAUGUUGUUACUUGUAUUCAAAUACAUUGAGAUAAUUGGUGACAUCAAAUAAGUUGUUCUUAUUGGCAUGUUGAAAUGAGCAAGUCAACAUAAUAAAAUAAGUUGUUCGAAAAA